AUGGGCUCUCCAUAAUGCUUUGGUUAUGAAGAAAGAAGGAUUGCUGAAUUGUUGUUUUGCAAUGGAGAAGACAGAGGGAGUAACACCAUCACUGUGGCUCCCACCCUGUUGCUUAUCUCCCUGCAGACAUGUGUCCCAAAUCCUCUCUGUGCUGUGUUAAGGAAAGGAAAAGCUUAGACAUUACGCCGCCUUCUUUCUUACAUCACCUCUUCCAGUUUUGCAUCCUAUAACCCCCUGGUGAAAAGAGGAACAAUGACUUUAUAUAGCUGCUGCUUGAUUCUUUUGCUGUUUACCUGGGACACAGCUGCCUAUGGGCCAAACCAACGGGCACAGAAGAAGGGAGACAUUAUUCUCGGAGGAUUGUUCCCCAUUCAUUUUGGAGUGGCUGCUAAAGACCAGGAUCUAAAAUCAAGACCAGAAUCAGUGGAGUGUAUAAGGUAUAAUUUCCGAGGCUUCCGCUGGCUCCAGGCUAUGAUCUUUGCCAUAGAAGAAAUAAACAGUAGCCCAACUCUCCUUCCCAACAUGACCCUUGGAUAUAGGAUAUUUGACACUUGCAAUACAGUCUCUAAAGCCCUCGAGGCCACGCUGAGUUUUGUGGCGCAGAACAAGAUAGACUCCUUGAACCUGGACGAAUUCUGCAACUGCUCAGAACAUAUCCCUUCCACCAUUGCAGUCGUGGGGGCAACCGGCUCUGGCAUCUCUACCGCCGUAGCCAAUCUGCUGGGACUCUUUUACAUACCUCAGGUCAGCUAUGCCUCAUCCAGUCGUCUCUUGAGCAAUAAGAACCAGUUCAAGUCCUUCCUCCGCACAAUCCCCAAUGACGAGCAUCAGGCCACAGCGAUGGCAGACAUCAUCGAGUACUUUCGCUGGAACUGGGUGGGAACAAUUGCAGCCGACGAUGACUAUGGCCGGCCAGGGAUUGAAAAGUUUCGGGAGGAGGCAGAGGAGAGAGACAUCUGCAUUGAUUUUAGCGAGCUCAUCUCCCAGUACUCGGACGAAGAGGAGAUCCAGCAGGUGGUGGAGGUCAUCCAGAACUCCACAGCAAGGGUGAUCGUUGUUUUCUCCAGUGGCCCGGACCUGGAGCCCCUCAUCAAAGAGAUCGUCAGGCGAAAUAUCACCGGCAAGAUCUGGCUGGCGAGCGAGGCCUGGGCCAGCUCUUCCCUGAUAGCCAUGCCGGAGUUCUUCCGUGUCAUCGGCAGCACCAUUGGGUUUGCGCUGAAGGCAGGACAGAUCCCAGGCUUUCGUGAGUUCCUGCAGAAGGUGCAUCCCAAGAAGUCCACCAACAACGGCUUUGCCAAGGAGUUUUGGGAGGAAACGUUUAACUGCUAUCUCCCUGAUGGGUCCAAAAAUUCUCCAGCUCCAACUUCCUUCCACAAGGGCCAUGAAGAAGGACUGGGAGCUGGAAAUGGAACGGCUGCCUUCCGACCUCCGUGCACAGGGGAUGAGAACAUCACCAGUGUGGAGACACCGUACAUGGACUACACACACUUGCGGAUAUCCUAUAAUGUGUAUUUGGCAGUAUAUUCUAUUGCCCAUGCCUUGCAGGAUAUAUAUACCUGUACCCCUGGGAAAGGACUCUUCACUAACGGAUCCUGUGCGGACAUUAAGAAGGUCGAGGCAUGGCAGGUUCUCAAGCAUCUACGCCACUUAAAUUUCACAAACAACAUGGGGGAGCAAGUGGAUUUUGAUGAGUUUGGGGACCUGGUAGGGAAUUACUCAAUAAUCAAUUGGCAUCUAUCUCCGGAGGAUGGCUCAGUCGUCUUUGAGGAGGUUGGGCACUACAACGUUUAUGCCAAGAAAGGGGAGAGGCUCUUUAUCAAUGAAAACAAGAUCCUGUGGAGUGGAUUCUCUAAGGAGGUGCCUUUCUCUAACUGCAGCAGGGACUGCCUCCCGGGCACCAGGAAGGGCAUUAUUGAGGGAGAGCCCACCUGCUGCUUCGAGUGCGUGGACUGCCCCGACGGGGAGUACAGUGAUGAAACAGAUGCAAGUGCCUGUGACAAGUGCCCCGAGGAUUACUGGUCCAAUGAGAACCACACGUCCUGCAUCCCCAAGCAGAUAGAGUUUCUGUCCUGGACAGAGCCCUUUGGGAUUGCUCUGACUCUCUUUGCUGUGCUGGGAAUUUUCCUGACUUCUUUUGUCCUGGGAGUCUUCACCAAAUUUCGCAACACGCCCAUCGUCAAGGCCACAAACCGGGAGCUGUCCUACCUCCUCCUCUUCUCCUUGCUCUGCUGCUUCUCCAGCUCAUUGUUCUUCAUUGGCGAGCCCCAGAACUGGACUUGCCGUCUGCGGCAGCCAGCUUUCGGCAUCAGCUUUGUCCUCUGCAUCUCCUGCAUCCUGGUGAAAACCAACCGUGUCCUGCUCGUCUUCGAGGCAAAGAUCCCCACGAGCCUCCACCGAAAGUGGUGGGGCCUCAACCUCCAGUUCCUCCUGGUCUUCUUGUGCACAUUCGUGCAGAUUGUCAUCUGUGUGAUUUGGCUCUACACAGCCCCACCAUCCAGUUACCGAAACCAUGAACUGGAGGAUGAGAUUAUCUUCAUCACCUGCCAUGAAGGCUCCCUGAUGGCCCUUGGCUUCCUCAUUGGCUACACCUGCCUCCUGGCGGCCAUCUGCUUCUUCUUUGCCUUCAAGUCUCGAAAGCUACCUGAGAACUUUAACGAGGCCAAGUUCAUCACCUUCAGCAUGCUGAUCUUCUUCAUCGUCUGGAUCUCCUUCAUCCCUGCUUACGCCAGCACAUACGGCAAGUUUGUCUCUGCCGUGGAGGUGAUUGCAAUACUGGCUGCCAGCUUUGGACUCCUGGCCUGCAUCUUCUUCAACAAAGUCUACAUCAUCCUCUUCAAGCCCUCCCGCAACACAAUCGAGGAGGUGCGCUGCAGCACAGCUGCCCACGCUUUCAAGGUGGCCGCCAGGGCCACGCUGAGACGGAGCAACGUGUCGCGCAAGCGCUCCAACAGCCUGGGGGGCUCCACCGGCUCCACCCCUUCCUCCUCCAUCAGCAGCAAGAGCAACCAUGAAGACCCUUUUCCUCUACCGGCCUCUGCCGAGCGGCAGCGCCAGCAGCAGCGUGGGUGCAAGCAAAAAGUCAGCUUCGGGAGCGGCACGGUCACUCUGUCGCUGAGCUUUGAGGAGCCGCAGAAGAAUGCCAUGGCCAACAAGAAUGCCAAGCGCAGGAACUCCCUGGAGGCCCAGAACAGCGACGACAGCCUGAUGCGGCACCGGGCCCUGCUUCCCCUCCAGAACAGCGAGCCCCUCAGCGCUGAGCCCGGCUUCCAGGCAGCUUCCAGCCCGGAGACCAGCUCGCAGGAGUCGGUGGUGGGAGACACCAAAGAAGAGGUACCAAGCCCUGAGGCGGAGCCUUCCCUGCCAUCGGCUAACUCCCGAAAUUUUAUAGGCGCUGGAGGUGGCUCUGUCACAGGGAACACGGUACAUUCCUAA